AUGGCCACGAUCCCAAUAAAAUGCAUCCUCAUCAUCAUUUUGGCUUCUGUCGUUGGCUGUCAUUGCCAAACAGACAACUUCCUAGCGUUUUCUUCUAGGGCAAAACAGACGACGAGCGAAAUCUCACCGAAAACGUUAAGUUCCAUGAAGUGCGGCAACUUCCGCAUUGAUAUUUACGAACACGUUGACAAUCACAAAGCAACGACAACUGCUAGUGAGAAAAAAUAUUUCUACUCCCCCAUUGCGCUGCUGGACAACAAAAGUGCCGUUAGUUCUUACAACAAAUUUAAAAAACAGCCAGAGAUGAGAUUCCGCAUUGAAAUGUGGAACGACAAAGUCGAAAAUGAAGUUGUCAAACAUUUGAGCAAAAUCGUCGGUCAAGAUAUACAACCCGAUAAUGUGGGAGUCAUUCCCUUGGAGAAGGUCAUUCUCACCAGUGAAAUACCCACGGAAGAUUAUUUUCUAUCUCCAGUGUGGAAGAAAUAUGACAAGAGCAAAACCCUGUGGUUUUCUCUGUCGUGUUACAAUAAAAAAAUCUGCAACGAACUCGCCAAUGAAAUGCGAUCCGAUCCCAAACAUUUGGACCAUUUCAAACUCUUGUACAGUUUGUCAUCGCAGACGUCGCAAACCAAACAGACGACCAUCAGCAUCGACAGCGUCACUUCCGGUACAUUGGUCUCGACUCUUUUACAAAAAUUUGGAGACAAAAAAGACAUUUUUUUGACGGCCAGCGACGAGAAGAAAAUGUUGACGGAAACGGCCACCAACAUUCGAAUGGACACAUUUGACGACUACGAGGUCGGGUCGCCUGACACGGAAUCUCAAAUUUCAAAUAUUUUAAAAGGUUUGCUGGUCACAUCCAGGACGACCAUCAAAGAGCAAAGCGACAAGAUAUGGGACUCUGUUUUCUGGAAUGACGACAAUUACCGGCCGGAUAAAUCGACGAAAACUUUGAACGAAAUCGUAAAAAAACUGGACGCGGAAACUCAAAAGAAAUUGGCGGAUAUGUUCCAAAAAGCGGAGAAGCAGUCGAAAAUAAUAGGAAAAUUUACUUUGAGUAAUAACUUCGAGAAAAGACGAGAGGAACAAAUUCGUGAUGAGAAAUGGGAACUUGCAAAAAAUCAAACGAGUGAAGAAAAUAAAAAUUUUGAGAAUAAAGGAAGAUUCCAACAUAAUUUCGACUCUAACAGUUGGGCUGACAUGGGCCGAAUCAGUUCAACAAUUUCAGAAAAAAUGUCAAAUGAUUCUGAUAGUUUAAGCCAGUUCGAAAUUUUGAAGGAAGACGUGGAAAAAUUAUUAGAAGAAAGCAAAAACCACAUUCAAUGGGAUGGAGAGAAAUUUGUGCCAAAACCGAUGCAACUGAGCAAAAUCAAUUUGGACAAAUUUCGUGACUCUCAAACGUUCCAGGAUCGCAACGUCCGCGUCCGUUACACGAACGCUGAACUGUCGGCGCCAAUCAAAAUUAUGGAACACGCAGAAUUGACCGUCACCGAUGAAUGGAACAAUCUAAAGGAGGAACUCAAAGCCACUACAGAGCUCUUAACCACAACCGUGAACAACUUGGAGAAAACGAAUCAAGAACUGAGCAUUGCGAAGAAUGAUUUAACUAACACGCGAAUUGAUUUGACUAAUGAAAUAGAAGGGACUAAAAAGGAGUUGAGGAAAACCAAAAUCGAGUUGGAGGAAACGAGGGCCAAUGUCGAUAAUUUAUCAAUAAAGCUAAAUGAAACUGAAAAGGAGAUGGUGAAAACGAGAGCAACUUUCAUCAAAACCGUCGAUGAUUUAUCUGCAAAAUUAAAUGUGAAUUCCGAUCUAUUAGGUCAAGAAUUAAAAGUUGCUGAAGAUAUGAAAAAAGAUUUGAGAGCAACCUCAAAUGAUUUGGAAACUGCAAAAACAAAUUUGGCAUCAACGAGAAUGGAAUUGAACAGCACAAAGUCCGCCGUUGCUGAUUUGGUGACCAAAUUAAAUGGAGUUGGUCUUUAUUUGAACGGGGGUCGAAUCGCGACUGGGUGGGUUGAAGAGGCAAACACAGUCGAUACUCAAGAUAGUCCUUUGACCAUCCAGUCGACGCUGAACUUAAAAAAAGGCGAUCAUGUCUGGGUGCAGAUUACUUAUUCUUCUUCAUCCUCGUCUUUGUAUGACAACGAUUACCACUACACCCAUUUCACGGGUUUCAUUUUGGAGGAGGAAAUUGUGGCGACCCUUUGA